AAUCUAUAAAUCUUAAAAUUUUAAGGCGUCAAAUCUAAACACACUGCAAUGCUUUGUGCGUUAGUAUCAUUUGGCGGGAAUAGUUCCCGCGGGAUUAUGUGUUAGUUACAUAUAAAAUCACGCGGGUACUAUUCUAUACUUUGCAUUUCACAACAACGAUGAGCGAGGCAGAGUCGUCGUCAUCAUCAUCCUCAUCGAGGAGAUCCAAAAUCAAAACGCACUGUACUACGACAACAGGGUUGUCGUCGUCGUCGUCGUUGUUCGCUCUGCUAAACGACGACGUACUGCAGAACAUUCUAGCGAGACUACCGGCGUUGUCGUUCGCAUCAGCGACGUGCGUUUCGAAACUGUGGAACACAGUCUGCAAUCGCGUCCUCUCUCGCCCUAAGUUCGCUUCUGCUCUCUCUCUCGAUCCCUGUCCCUUUGGUGCUGUGGAAGAUGUUCUUGAUAAAGUGCUAUCGGAGCCGAUUCGACCGCAUUUCGUUAUCGCAAACAUUGCCCGUGGAUUCGAGUUGCCUGAUGCUUUUCGCUCUAUUGUGAGAAGGUUUAAGAGAACUCCGAUCGUUAUUUCUAUUGCCAAUGGACUAAUUGGAAGGGAUGCGCUUACCAAUGAAUUUAGAGAGGCAAAUUGGGGAGCUACUGAUGGUGAUUCAGACGAUGAAUAUGGCUCGAACAUAGAAGAUACAAAUCAUGGCAUUGUUUUGACUAUUGGCUAUGUACCAGGAUUAAAAGUUGAUGCAAUCCCACUUCUAGGAAAUCCCUGGGAACCCAAAGUGGCAAUGACUGACAAGUUUGUGAAGGAUAUUAAGAAAUACACAGCCUCGGUUUCGGGUUGUACAUCCCCAGUUGGGAUUAUAAUGUUUGGAGAAAGGCUUGUGGACUUGAAACCCCAUAUUGAUGUGUUGGAUUAUGCCAUGCCAAAGGAAACUGUGAUUGUGGGUGAUGAGAGAGGCCGCUUUCGAUAUAACAGUAGAGGUUUCUGUGGAAAUGGCUACUGUGAAGAUGCUGUAGCUCUAGUAUUUGCAAGGGAUAGACACAAGUCUAGUGGUAUAGGGGAUAUUCAAUUUCGUGUUGCAUUGUCCAAUGGUGUAUCGGCAAUAGGUCCCAAAUACAAGGCAGCUUCUGUUACGUUGGACGGACCUAAUUCACCUCGUCGUACUACUUCUACAUGGCUUACUGCUAGAAGGGAAGGAGAUAGGGAUAUUCUUGAUGGCCAAACAAUGUUAGAUGAUAUCAGUAAUGAGUUGGAUUAUCAUUAUGAGCUGUACCCACUGUACAUUGGGGUUACUAAACAAAGAAAUUACUGUAUUCGGUCAAAGGAAAAGACGAUAACAUCCUUGGCAUUUCAUCGAGUUAGAGGGGGAGGUGAAAGUAGCCUUUAUGUCGAUGGUUUUAACAUCAGAACUGGUGAUUACUUCCAAUUCUACCGUUCAGAUCGUAAUAAUGCCUCUGUAAAUCUCAAAAGCUUGAAGCAAGAUGGAAGUUCCAACAAUUGUCAUCACAAGAGGGCUGUUCCUGUUAAUAUUAAGAAGGAAGUUUUUGGAGGGUUUAUUUUCUCAUGUUGUGGGUGCAGUGACUCAUUCUUUAAACGCCGCAACCUUGUUAGCUCUCCAUUCAUAGAGGACUUUCCUGGGGUACCAUUGGCAGGAGUAUUCUGCAGUGGCGAAAUUGUUCGUGCCUCUUCAGGUUUGAUUGAAGAAAGCAACAAAGAGAAGUCUUCCCGCUGCUGUCUGCAUGUCGGUAGCACAGUUUAUCUAGUGAUGUCAUAUACAUGUCCAGAGUGUUAAAUUUUUUCUGCUCUUAUUAGAUUGCCUUAUGGACUACUAAUGUUUUUCUAACAAAGCUGUCAGUUUUUAUCUGCAUAUUGCCUGGAAAAAUUUCAACUGAUGCUAUAGAGAUUGGAGAUGAUUUGACUUUGAGCAAUUCAA